AUGCUCCAGGGAUUUCGGAGAAGCCAGAAGAGCCAGUUUAAGCAUAUCGUCCAUGGCCUCCUCCCUGCAGCCAGCAUCGCGCCGAAGCCAGCUGUGCCCCGCACACCUCCUCCUCGAAGCCCCAACCCCUCUCCAGAGAGACCAAGAUCUGCUCUGGCUGCAGCUAUCCUGGCAACAACAUUGACGGGGCGGACCGUUGCCAUUCCUCAGCCUCGCCAGAGAUCCCGAUCUGAGAGUGAUACAACAUGCAUUGGAAAGGACAGCUCCAUCGAGCCCUAUGCCACCACCUCAGAGCUGAGGCUUCGACCAACUUGGCAGAGUGAGAUGGGAAGAGGAACUUCUUUCCCAUCCUUUGAAACGUUGGACUGCAGGGAGGAAGAGGGCACCGACACGCACCUGUCAUCCAGCGACAAGGAGUCACAGGACGUCAGUGCUCGGAAUGACGCGGGAGGGCGCAGUGAUGCUGUGUACGCUGUGCCACACAGAGAUCAGGUUCCAUUGUCACAUGGGGUGGACAGUGAAGAAGAUGAAAAUAUUUCUGAGCAAGAUGGGUUUCCAGACUCACCUCUUACACUGCAGUGUACACAUGAGAAAGCAGAUGUCAAACAUCCUGUUCUGAAUUUAAAGGAUGAAAAAUCACCAUUAUGUGGAAAGCCUCCACCAUCCCCGGAUGUAACUGGUAGAACACGUCAAAGAUGUAUAGAAAUAACCAAAGAAAAAUUUGAGGAAUUAAAAGAAGAAAAUUUGCAUCUAAACAAUACAAAUCAAACCCUUACCCUUGAACUUAAUGUAAUAAAACAAGCAAUGAAAGAACUACAAUUAAAACUUAAGAAAGUGGAAAAAGAAAACGGAAGACUGAAAGAGGCUGAGAAAGCAUCCUCUCAGGAAGAAGUGGCUGUGCCUGAAGUUCUUUACCUAAGAAAACAAGCUCAAGAACUGGUGGAUGAAAAUGAUGGGUUAAAAACCAUUGUCCAUCGUUUGAAUGUAGAACUGAGUAGAUACCAAACAAAAUUUAGGCGUUUGUCCAAGGAAGAGAGUUUAAACAUUGAAGGCCUCCCAUUAAACGGCCCUACACCACCCUGGUUGUUGGAUAUAAAGUACCUGUCACCAUUGUUGCUGGCUUACGAAGAUAGGAUGAGAGAGAAGGACGAGCUCAAUGCCACCCUCGAGGAGGAAAUGAGGAUGUUUAGGAUACGGGUCCAAGAAGUGGUGAAAGAGAAUGAAGAAUUGCACCAAGAGUUAAAUAAGAGUAGUCCUGUUACCCAUAAGGAAUGGCAUCAGCUUCAGACUCAAGCAGAACUGGUUUUAGAGGAGAACAAGCUGUUGAUAGGGCAGUUGGAGAUUCAGCAAAAGAAAGCCAAGGACAGCCACCAGGAGCACCUCCAGGAAGUUUCCAAACUUACUAAACAACUUAUGUUUCUGGAGACGAAAGCUCAGAGCCAGGAAAAGGAGCUCACUGAAAGCAAGGAGCAGCUGAGAAUCUUACACAACAAAUGCCAAGAACUGAAAACACACUUGGACGGCAAAAUUGCAAUGAAAGUUCAUACUUCAAUUGUGAAUGAAUUAAAAAGCCAGCUGCAGAAGGAAGAAGAGAAAGGAAGUGCUGAGAUGGAAGAGUUGAUGGAAAAGUUGACGGUCCUGCAAGUACAGAAAAAGAGCUGGCUUUUAGAGAAGAACAAUUUGAUGGUUAAAAACAAAGCCCUGGAAGCUGAACUUGAAAUGGCACAGAAAAUAAAUAGGAGAUCUCAGAAGAAAAUUGAUGUCCUCAAAAAGCAGGUGGAAAAAGCCAUGGACAACGAGAUGUCUGCUCGCCAGUACUUGGCAAAUCUUGUUGGACUGGCAGAGAAUAUAACUCAGGAACGUGACAAUCUCAUGUAUUUGGCUAAAUGUUUAGAAAGCGAGAAGCAUGGAGUUCUCAACAAAAUAAUAGAAGGCAAUAUUCGCUUGGGAAAAUUAAAGGAAAAAGUCAAGGGCUACAAGAAGCAGGCAGCCCUGAAGCUGGGUGACAUCAGUCACCGUCUGAUGGAGCAGCAAGAAGACUUCGCUGGCAAGACAGCUCAGUACCAGCGGGAGAUGAGGCACCUCCACCGGAUGCUGCAGGACAAGCAGGAAGUCCUGGACGAGGCAUUGCAGCAGAAAAGAGAAAUGGAAGGGGAGCUGGAAGUUGUUUGGGAGUCCACCUCCAAGGAAAACCGAAGAAUCCGAGAACUUCUUCAGGCCACGCUGGAGAGGACAGGCAUGUGGGACAAUACCAGAGCGGGCAAGGACCCCUGCCUCGACGGCAUAUCUCAGGGAGACAUGCUGGAUGGCUGCAGUUUCGGCUACUGUGACCUGAAGCCUCCUCCAAACACCCACCAGAGUCUGCACAAGCCCCUGGACUAA